CGCUGAGUAAAGCAAAGGAUGCCACAGUGCUCAGGCAGUGCAUGGACGGAUGCAAGCGGGGGCACGACGGCGAGCCCGGCCACACGUUGUUGUUAUGAUGAUGCUUUACAGUUCAGAGUCACCUUGAAACUUUGAAACUCUAUUUUACUGAGGGCAGAAAUAUUUCGGCACAUCUCGCUGCAAGUUAAGUGUGAUGUUUUGGCUGCAUGUUGUAAAAUUCCUCUCACCACCACCUCCACCUCCACCGAUACAUCCCCUGAGGAGUGAUGGGUUCUAAGUUGACCAGACAGAGGAGUCUCGAUUUUGAGAGCAAAUUAUCCAAAAGAAGACGCCAGAGGAAUGACGCCCUGGGAGAGAGCGAGAGAAGUGGCGGCAGAGGAGACUUCUUGUUUACGUCCUUGAUGCUCAAGUCCGACAAGCUGCCAGGGAUGCUGCGGAAAACCAACCACAGCCCGUAUGUCAGACGGGUGGCGUGGAUCCGGGAGAUCCAGACGCUUCUCCGGGAGCAGAAGACGGAGCAAGCAGCCGAAGUCCUCAAACUGCUGAGAAAGGAUUUGGGGCUCCUGGGAACAUCACUCAAUGACAUUUUGUACAAAAAUGCAGCUUUUCUCAACCUGGUGGAUCCCAUUUCUCACGAGUUGCUGCUCAGUCUCGCCCGGGACCUGCAGUGCCCAAAAAAGGAGACCAACUCAUUCAAGUCCACUAACAAGAUCUGCCGCCAGCUGAUUUACCACCUGACCCCUCACUCCAAGUGGACGAGACAGAGCGUGCCCAGGAGGAAGUCUCAGGCCUGUCUGAAGACCACCCUGAAGAAGAAAGUGUCUGGGGAUGUGGUCAACCUGUCAGGCAUCCCGCUGUCUGGCCGAGACGUCCACCGCGUGGCCUUUUACCUCCAGAGCAGCAGUGACGCCGUGUCGGCCGUGGACCUGAGCUUCACUGAGCUGCAGGACGACAGCUUACGCCUGCUGCUGCCCUACCUCAGCUGCCUGCCAAAACUAACCAUACUAGCUGUCAAUGGUAACCGCCUGACUGUGGCCAUCCUGAAAGACCUGACAGAUGCAGUGAAGGAUCCUAAGAAGUUCCCCAGCCUGGCCUGGGUCGACCUCGGCAACAAUGUGGAUAUCUUCACCGUGCCGCAGCCGCUGCUUGUGGCCCUGCGGCGCCGGUUUGGCUUACGCAGUAGCCUGCCCACCAUUUAUGAGUACAGAGAGGCACAGGCUUUCGGUGGCUACAACCCAAACAUGGAGACCUCUGUGGAGGAGCCCAGUCUGUACGAGGAGGUAGAGGGAGAGGAGGAUGAUAGAGAGGAGGAGGAGGACAGGCUGGAGCUUCGAGCCUGGGGCUUCAGAGAAGAAAACCAGUCAAAAAAUGUGGCAGUGCACUUCUGUGGGAGGUGAUCGCCCAGAGCCACUUCCUGUUAGACUGGCUGUCUCUUAGAUUCCUCAGCAUCACCUCUCCCUAAGUUUAGCUUCCUGUGUUAGCAGGUGUCAUUGUGGCAGAUGCUUACAGUGACCCACAUGUUUCUGAAAACAGCUUUGAAAAAAGUAACUGUGUCGUGUGUCCCUCUGGAUGCUCUGACUACUGAAACUCGGCAGUGUGAAGCAGGCAGCUCUGUGCUUGUGCAGACACUAACACAUUUAUUUAUGGAUUGAUUUGACCUUCAUGUGUCCAGGAGAAGCUGAACUGAACGUGCCUGCUGUUUUCCAGUGCUUUGCGUUGUUAACGUAUUGUGGUCUCACACACUGACAUUUCCCACUAUUUGUUAGUCUGUCCACUGGAGCAGCUGGAUGUUAAGUGCCUUGCACAAGGGCACCUCUGCUGUAGAGGCUGAGAAAUGAGGGAAGAUUCACGUUCCCUGAGGGCAUUUACCCAGCUGGUUCGGCCUCUCUGACAACUUUGCCCCCACUGCUCCAUGUCUGUGAAACGUCUUGAUAAAUCAAAGCAACUAAAUGUGCUACUUAGGAAAUGGAUCACUUUGAGUUCCUCUGACAUUUUUGCUGUGAUAUAUUAUGUUUUCAGUCAGAGCUCAACUGCAGUGAGAUUAUUUACAUCCAUUUUUUCUGUCGAACCACAGCGGUUAUUUGGGAAUUAUUUUUUUAAUAAAUGCUGAGUUAUGGUAAGCAAAUCAAACAUACUGAAUCCACUUUAAUUUAAAAUUCCAGCACUGAUGCUUCGGUAGGUAUUGAUAACACAGCAAAGAUACUGCAGCUUUAUGGGGACGUCUCAGCCUGAUACGCACAGGCAGACAUGCAGACGACACACACAGAGUUUGAGCUGCUGAUGAACUGAUUACUGCCUCUAUCAGACCUUGUUAGGACCCUUUCAGGCACAGAUGGUGAGCAGGCGAUCCAUUUUUUUUUCAGCAAAUAGGACUAGCCCCAAAUAAUUUUGUCCACUGGUGGUUUGUGAAUAAUUCUGAAUCAGGCCAUAAGCAAUGAGGAAAAUGUCCACUCCGUUAACACAUAAAUGGCAAUGAAAAGACAAAUAAGUAGCUCUGCUUUUAUCUUCUCCUCUGUGGUGCUACAGCUUGCACAUGCGUCUCGCCUUGCUGUGACAUGCAUGAAUUGCAACACUUUCUUUUUGACAUUCACAUCCUUUUGUAUUGCUUUUUUAAAAGAUGGGCAUGAUUAUUUACUGUAGCACAUCAGAUCCUGCAGAGAGCAUGUUUACAUAUACAUUAAUAUUCUAAUAAAUUUGAGAUUGAGUUUUGGGCGGCAUUUGAUAAAAUGUUAUCCUGCCUACAGAUGUUAAUGUGUGUCUGUUCUCUUUCCAUGCUAUUAUUCAGGAAAAUCUGUUGUUUGUUUCUACAGGGAUAUUAAUGAACAGGACAGUUUGUGUGUGUGUGUGUGUGUGUGUGUGCAUGUGUGUUUGUCUAUGACAGCAUAAGAAGAGUGUGUGCCUGUGUGCAUGAGUGUGUUGUGGACAUGCAGAGUAAAUUACUACCUUUGAUCGUCGAAAUGAAAUGUUUACUCAUUUGCACUUUAAGGACGACUCUGUCCCUGAAUGCACACGCUUUGUGUUUAUGGGUUGUUGUUGACAUAAAAACAACUCAGCGAGCCGCCCACAUCCUAAAAUAAAUGUUUUAUCCCAGUUUUUUUUUUCUUGUUUUUGUUUUUGUUUGUUUUUAUUCAAUGUAAACCAUCAACCUUUGUAUACACGCCUCACACACACACACACACACACACACACACACACACACAUACUGCCAUAAUAAAAACAGUUGUAAAUUAGCUUAAUUUUGAUUUGGGCUCAUUAAUUCGUGGCCCACUUUUAAAGAUAAAGUGAUGUUUGCCUGCUGUUGCUUCAGAAAUAAACAUGAUUU